CUCGGCUUGUGCUUCAACGUUUCAGUAUUUUUGUUUAUGUCCAUAUCUAUGUCUGCAUAGUAUCAGGCCAGCCAUCACACCAUCACACCAUCACUCUCCUCUCACCAUCCAAAAUAUUCAAUAUACUGUAUUAAUACGAAGAAGCAGCAAUGACCCCUGAGGAGCUUGCAGCUCUGUUCAAACGUCGAGGGGACUUUGACAACACCCGCAAAAACCUCUUUAACGAAUUCCAAAAUAGUGCCGUUGGGAAGCAAUUCACAAAGCAGCUUAGCGACAUUAUUCAGAAAUGUGUAGAUGAAGAUCCUGGAUUGUUACGACGGGAAAAGUCAGAGUUCCAUCAACUUAUGGUUGAACGCAUUACAAAAUCUUCUGAAUAUAAGAAGGUUCAUCAGUUCGCAGACUCACAACUUCAGCCUUCGCAAUAUAUGGGCAAAAUUGAAAGGACGCUUAUGACUAUUGUCAAGGAACAGGCACCACCAACACCAGAAAAAGAAGCAACGAUAGAUCAAGACAAGCAUAAAGCUAAAGAAAACAAUAAGGGAAAGGAAAAGGAUAAAGACACAGAUAGAGAGAAGGAUAGAGACAAGGAAAAGGAGAGGGAUCAAAAGAGCACCAAAAAGAAUCACGUCGCUGGCACGACAAAUAUCAAAGAGGAAGCGGGAUCGCCUUUGUCAUCACAAUCAUCAACCUUCAACUCAAAACAGGAGUCUAGUCCAUAUAAAAAACUGCCAUUGCCUCUACCACCAACACCCUCCAUCAAGAAGGAGGACUCUAAUAAUAGGCCGCGUUAUAAAGAUCAUCGGGCCCUCAGGAGGGAACUGGAUCUUAGUUUGCCGCCACGCCCACAACCAAAGAAGAAAGAGCCAUCCACAGCUGGUACCCACACCCCUGCUACUACCAUUAUUGGAAGCAAUACCACACUUGCCGUCGCCACACAUGAUACCAAAAAGGAAAUCGGUUCCAAAGUUCCAGGACUCUCAUCUGAUGCUUCUCACCCAUCAAUAUCGAAGCAACCCUCUAUAGAAUCGCCAAAACAAGGGCACGCUGAAAAAACACAACCAAAUGGGAUGGAUACAGCCAGUGAUAGUCUUAAUAUUAUGACAAAUGGAGAUAUCAACAACAUUGCCAACUCAGCAACCAAGGAGGGUAUAGAUACUGAGAGUGAAAAUGUCCCUACCACAGACUCCGCAAUAUCAGCAGUUUCAUCCACUAUUACAGUAAUACCGAAGAAGAGGAAUAGACGACGUAGUGUCGCCUCUAAUUCAUCGUUAUCGAGUCCACCAUCCAGCUCUGGACCAGAAUCCGAUGGCGAAGGCGGUGAGAGACGAGGCAGCAGAGCUAAGAAGUUGGCAAAGAAAGCCCCUAGGGAGCAUGAUAGUAACGAGGCCGCCGGCGAUAGCACUGCAACUGCUGCAGCAGUAGGCGACGAUCGGAAUACUGUAAAGCGUCAUAGCUCUAUGGAAAAUGUUGAACCGAGCGCUUCUGCAGUAGACUCUGAGGAUACCGGAGCAUCACUAAAUAGUAUGGACAUCGUAGAGGACCCUUUGGCUUCUAUCGAUGCGGCUGAAGCCAAAGCUUUGAAGCCAGAUAAUUCAAAAGGCGACUCCAACACCGAGACAGACGAAGGUAUCGAUAUCAAGAGGAAUGAAGAUUUCAAGAAUAGGCCAAUCUUGACCAAAGAUAAAGAUAAGAUUGAGGCGGGCACAACGACCGAAGUAGAAAGCAGCAUGGAUGUAGAUGAAGACCCCCCUACGACGAAUGGUGGUGCUAAAGAGAUAACGCCUGCGAUGUCAGGCAAUUCUGGUACUAAUGAAUCGAUUGCACAAUCAGAGUGCAAAGCGGAUAUAUCGAAUAGUGAUAGCCAAAAGGAAUCGACACCAAACAUUUCUCUCAAAUCACCUGUCAUACCUGCCACAGGUCUCUCCCUACAUAAUACUCGAUCGAGCCCGUCACCUUCAUCGUCCUCAACCCCAGUGUCUAACCGAAACUCUCCUGCUAUUACGGGAGUCAGCAGCAAUAGUAGUCGGAAAAAGGAAUCAGAGACGACUGACAAUAAAAAACCGCUAAACAGUAGUAGCCAUAGCCAUUCCCAUGGACACCAUGGCUCCCACAAUUCGAAGCGUUCUGGACACCAUCAUCAACCAUUACCACAACGUCCUGCUAUUGUCCCUUUACCGCCUAAACCAACAGUCCAUGCUUCAAAUCGAAGAACCAGCAAUCACGCUCGUGACGGCCCCUCAGCAACUACGACAGGGACGGGGCCAUCUUCAUCGCACGGAAGCAAGCCGAGCGUCGGGGAAAGCGCAAGUAAUGGAAGCCUUAAGUCUGGGUUCUCAUCACCCUCUUCUAGUCUCCCAGUAUUAUCGAUUUCGGGCCAUCACAAGUCAGCUCCAGUUACUAGUCCUACAAGUAGUAGUAAUUCUGUUACUUCAGUAGUAAGCUCUGGCACUUCUGGGGCAUCGCCCUCGACAAUGACGGCAAAACAAGAUAAAAAUGCAACCGUAAUACCCCCACCAACUACCCAUGUUACGACACUAUCAUCGUCAUCAUCAUUACCAACUUCAUCUUCAGCAACCUCAAUAGCCAAGCCAAAGCCCCAUGUUAGGACUCCUAUCCCACUUCCUCAUAAGCCUAUCCCACUUCCUCCGAAACCCAAUGUUGCAGCAGGUUCAGGAUCCAUAAAGAAAAAGCACAAGUAAAAUAAUACAAUAUAUAUAUGUAUAUGUAGUGUCC